AUGACGACCUGUGUUACCAAUUCUCGUACGACCUUUCCUAAGCGACAGAACCAUGGGAAACCCCGGUCCCGCACCGGAUGUCGAACCUGCAGACAACGCCACAUAAAAUGUGACGAAUCCCCCGGACAAUGCAGGAAUUGCGUAUCCACCGGUCGACGUUGCGAUGGGUAUGAUAUAACCCGCUUGCCGCAAAGUCGCGCCAUUCAGCUGGGCCCAUUGGCUCUCCCUGCUCCGAUGGCAGUGGGCGUGCACUCAAGUCUCAACUCGGACGAGCGACGCAGUAUUCUCUAUUUCCAGCACUGCACCGUUUCAAACCUAGCUAGCUACUACGACUCCCCCGUGUGGCAAAACCUCACGUUGCAGAUCGGACAUGCGGAACCGGCGGUAUGUCAUGCGGUCAUUGCCCUCAGUGCCGUACACCGAUACUCGCAGGUCAACAAAGGGACAAAGCAGCCCCUGAGGCAGAACAUCUGGCAUGAUUUUGCUCUCGAGCAGCUCAACCGUGCAUUUGGCCAGCUCAAGCGCCGGCAAAGGUCCCGGGAUCCCGAGUUCAUCGAGACCGUCCUCAUCUGUUGUCUGAUCUUUGUCACUGUGGAACUAUCGCUCGGACAGUACAAUCAUGCGUUCAGGCAUCUCCAGAGCGGGCUACAGAUGCUCAAGACAUAUCGAGCCUCUCUUGCGGCCACCGGAGACCGCGCGGACCUAGAGCCGAGUCUAGCCGAUGCUUUCGCCAACCUAGAAGGCCAGUGCUGCUUCUUUGGUGUGUCGCCGGUGCUGACGAGCGCCGGCGAUGCUGCACAGCCCCCACUGGAGUUCAAGUCCAUCGUGGAGGCGCGCCGCUUGAUCGAUCGCCUCUGCACCGCAGUAAUGGGAACUGCAAGGAAGCGCGCCCUCGGCCAACCUGUCCCUUCGAUUGAACGAGCCCUCUGGGCUCGAUUGUCGGAACUAUACGACAUGCUGGGUGAUUUCCGCAAACUACACACUCACCUGUUGAGUACAAAGGAGCAGAGAGGCUUACACCUCCUCCAAAUGGCAUCCGUGACACUCAAGAUCUGCCUCUACACGAUUCCAAAACCCGUGGAUGACCCCAAUUCCUCCCAGUUGGCGGACAGUUUCCGACAAAUGAUUACUCUCGCGGAGACAUUCUCAGAGGAAAAAGGCGAUCUGCCACACAUCUGCAUGGACGGUGGGGUGAUUCCGGCUUUGUUUCUUGCAGCGAGGCGGAGCAGCGAGGAGUACGUUCGCACUCGAGCGACCGAGAUGCUUGAGUCCUGCUCGCAUCAAGAGGGGCCCUGGAACGCCACUCUGCUGGCUCGGGUAGUCCGUGAGGAUAUUGCGAUCAAGCGUUGGCUACGGUCGCUAAGCGCAGCGGACUUUACGCCCGGUGGGAAAUUGCUUGAUCCCGCGCUCGUCUCUGCUGCAAAUGGAUUUAUAAUGAUAUUUAAGGACCGUUGUCGCGUGCGCAUGCCGUUCAAAGUCAAUGGCGUUGAGUUAGAAUGGUGGUUUCGUCUCGAUGAAGACACCCCCGGCCAGUUGGGGACCCCGGGAUCGAAUCCCUGCACUGCUGGCUGGCACCAGUUGCUUCCCAACGGUGACCACUUCACUGUGUAGCGCGUGAAAACUGCCUUGGCCAUGCAAUGCGACUACUGCAGCUCUCUAGCAAUGGUGUAAAAUGUCGGGAAUGAAGCCCAAGCUGUCUCGCGGAGGGCUUUGAUCUUCUUGAGAGGACCGGUGCAUUACGGGCAGGGGGUACGAUCAUUAAGUUGUAAGUUCUACUUGGGUAAUAACCUCACCUCGCGAGAGAUUAAAGUCAUUGUUCGCGUUAUGGGUUGUGACCAGAUAACUGCGAUAGGGGUGAUAGCAGGCAACCCUCAACGCGCUGGUAGCAAAGAUAACCCCUGAGAACCGGCUGUUUGGAUGUGUGGGUGCAUUAGACAGAGCGCUAAGGGUUUACUAUA